GCCGAGCUUGUAUUUGGGUUCUUCGAGGCCGACAGCGUCGAACACUAGGCUGGGUGUGGGUGGUGCUGGAAAGAGUAAUCAGGUAGCGUCCUUGGAUGCGAAAAGAACGGCGAAUCCUGGUCCUGCUUCAGCGUCCUCGAAAAUGGAGGCAACGCAAAUUCUCAAGCGCCCCACGAAAAUGUCGUCAACGAG